AGGCUUGCUUUCCCUUUCUCCGAUCCCUUUCCCUGCUGCGAGUGUGAGAUGGACUCGGGGUCCUAUCGUUCAUAUACCCAUUAACGACGAAGAAGACAUCAGCAGCGUGAUACUAGACAGGCGGAGGCUGAAGAGAUCGCGAGUGGAAAUCCAACCUUGCGGCGACAUGGAUGAUCCAGAGCUUGAAGCUAUUAGGCAACGAAGAAUGCAAGAGUUAAUGGCUAAACAUGGCUCUGGUAAUCAACAAAAUGGUGAGCAACAGAAUGCACAAGAGGAAGCAAAAAGGUUCACUGCAAGAUACUUGCAAAUUCUUUCUAUUUCAAUCUAGUUAUACCAAAUUUUACGAUUCAUCUAUUUGUAACUCAAAAUACAGGGAUGCAGAGGAACGUAGGCAGUUGAUGCUGAGCCAGAUAUUGUCAACUCAGGCGAGAGAGAGGCUUGCUCGGAUUGCUUUAGUGAAACCUGAUAAAGCAAGAGGGGUGGAGGAUGUUCUACUAAGAGCAGCUCAAAUGGGACAAGUAUCUGAGAAGGUAUCCGAAGAAAGGCUUAUUUCACUUCUGGAGCAGAUUAACAGCCAAACAAGUAAACAGACAAAAGUAACCAUUCAGAGGCGUCGAAGUGUGCUCGAAGACGAUGACUAGCCGGAUCGUCCACUGAGAUGGUUGUGAGAAUUCAGCAAUGUAGUGCAUAGUUCAGUUUGAAACUCCCCAAGACUAGCAGUUGCUGUUCUAGACGGGUUUAUUGGUGUGAAUCAAUCAUAUACUAUGAGAUUGAAACGUGCUUUUAUAACUUAUAUUAUUUGUUAGUGUGAUAUUUUCAAUUGGACGUCGUGGAAAA